UAAAAUCCUCACUUUAUCCACUUCACUUCAUCCCAAAGUCGAGAGAACCGUCGCAGCCGCCGCCGACGGCGAUCGACCGCCAUGAGCGUAGCUCCAAAGCUUCUCUAUCCAGCCGCCGGCGUUCUCUACAAGCGUCCGUCCACGCGUCGCCGCUUCGUCUAUCAAUGCCUUAAUCGAUCCACCGGAAGCCGCCGCAGCAGAGGAAGAGGAUUCCAACUUCCUAGAGUGGCUUCAGUUCCUUAUCAACCGAUCAACGUUGAUUAUUUGGAGGAAGAAUUCAACGGGCUAGGGCAUGGAGUGAGAUUCGAAGGAAUCGGCGAUGAAUGCGCGGCGAAAUUGCGAUUGGAAAAUGGAGGUUCUGCGAUUGUAAUGUUCCCGAGCGGAUUGAUUACCUCAUACAAAUCGCCGAUGUGGCAUGGAGGAUCGCUGGAAUUACUUCACUCUUCGGUUUGUGAGGACGAGAACGGCGAUGUCGUUGUUCGAGGAGGCGUAUCCCUAGCCCUAGACUGCGGGAGUAUUCGAUUAGAUGAUGUUUGUUGGACUCUUCAUGAUGUUAAAGGAAAUCCUCGCGAAUCGAUUCAGGUUGAGCUGAUAAGCGGAGCUGCAGAGGGGAAGGUAGAGCUGAAAUACAUAGUGACACUAGGAGAAGACAUGUUAAGAUCAGAGCUAAUAGUGUCCAACAACGAACAAACCGCCAUCCAAUUGAAGGGCAGUGUGUUGAGCCAUUUGACAGUGAGCACACCUGAGGCAACCUACGCCAUUGGGUUGGAAGGGUCAGACUUCUACAGCAGAGCACCAUGUUCAUCGAGCUAUUCCAUUGUCCCUCCAGAUUAUGGGCAGGGGAGCGGCUCUGGUUUGGGUCGAACAUUGAACGGAAUUCUUUCUGGUUGGGGUAAAAGCAAAGAGAAAGAAAGCGAAGAGGAGGUUGAGGGAGAAGAAGGCGAGGAGACUGAUAAUUACAAGCAAUUAACGGAGGAAAUGAGUCGGAUCUAUACCAGUGCACCCAGGAACUUCACGAUCAUAGACAGGGGAAGGAGAAACUCAGUGGUUGUGGGGAGAGAUGGGUUUGAUGAACUUUACAUGUUCAGUCCUGGAUCAAAUCAUGUGUACUAUGGGGAAUAUUCUUUCAUAUGUGUUGGUCACUCAGCCAUGCUCAAACCAAUACUCUUACAGCCUCAUCAAGUAUGGAGAGGAUCUCAGUCUUUGUUCAAUCCAAAUCUCUAAUUCUUCCCUUCCCAUCCCUGUAAACUCCAUAAGGUUUCAUUCAAAACGUUCAGGAGAGUUGAUAUGUAAACAUUGUCAACAACUUCCCGAGUUAAAUGAAUGGUAACAAUCUUACCGUUUCUAAUAUUAUCA